AUGAGUAUGGGAACACCAGCAGUUGUCAUGGACAACGGUACAGGGUUGACGAAACUCGGAUUCGCGGGUAAUGAUUCGCCGUCAUUUGUCUUCCCCACCGCAAUUGCCACGUCAUCGGCUUCAUCGAAAGGCGGCAAGACCGCGAUUGGAGGCAGAUCGUCAAACGUGUCAUCCAAGAGGGGCUUGGAGGACUUGGACUUUUACAUCGGCGACGAAGCUCUCGAAGCUGCAAGUGGGCCCGGGUAUGGCUUGCACUACCCCAUCAAACACGGCCAGAUUGAAGACUGGGACCAGAUGGAGAGGUUUUGGGAAAGCUCGAUUUUCAGAUACUUGAGAUGCGAGCCCGAGGACCACUAUUUCUUGUUGACCGAGCCUCCUUUGAACCCGCCGGAAAAUAGAGAAAGCACCGCUGAGAUCAUGUUUGAGAGUUUCAAUUGCGCUGGUCUAUAUAUUGCCGUACAGGCUGUCUUGGCCUUGGCUGCCUCGUGGACUUCCCCCAAAGUGCAAGAUCGGUCGUUGAGCGGCACCGUUAUCGACUCCGGUGACGGUGUCACCCACGUUAUCCCCGUGGCUGAAGGCUAUGUCAUUGGAGCUGCCAUCAAGAACAUCCCGUUGGCUGGUAGAGACAUCACGUUGUUUAUCCAGCAGCUAUUGAGAGAUAGAGGCGAGGCCGACACUAGUUUGCAAACCGCGGAGAAGAUCAAGCAACAGUUUUGUUACGUGUGCCCAGACAUUGUCCAGGAGUUUACCAGGUUCGACCAGUACCCAACCGAGAAGUUUGCCCAGUACAUUGUUGAGUACACCGAUAGACACAAAAACAAGGUGGUUGAUGUGGGCUACGAGCGGUUUUUGGCUCCUGAAAUCUUCUUCAACCCGGAGAUAUGCUCGUCGGAUUUCUUGACUCCGUUGCCCAUUGUGGUCGACCAAGUCAUCCAAGCAACCCCAAUAGAUGUGCGGAAAAAGCUUUACAAAAACAUUGUCUUGUCCGGCGGAUCCACCAUGUUCAAAGAUUUCGGUAAAAGAUUGCAACGAGACUUGAAGACAAUCACAAAAGAAAGAGUUGCAUUGAGCGAGCGAUUGAGUGGAGUUCAAAGCAGCGGCGUCGACGUGCAAGUCAUCUCGCAUAAGAAACAGAGAUAUGCAGUUUGGUUUGGUGGUUCCUUGUUGGCGCAGACUUCGGAGUUUAAGAGUUUCUGCUACACCAAGAGCGAUUAUGACGAGUAUGGUCCAAGCAUUGUGAGAAGUUUCUCCUUGUUCUCCGUUCCAUAG